UGUGCAGAGAUAUCUUUAGUUCAGCACGCCUCCCCUCACAGCGCAGACACGGCAGAGGUAGGCAAGGGGAAGGCUCCACUUUAUUGGACUUUCACUUCUCAUUCGAGGACACUUGACACAUUUCCAAGACUGCUAUGACGUCUCGCAGGUGGUUCCAUCCAAACAUCACCGGUAUCGAGGCAGAGCAGAUGCUGCUGACGCGGGGCGUUCAUGGGAGCUUCCUGGCCCGGCCCAGCAAAAGCAACCCUGGAGACUUCACCCUCUCCGUCAGGAGGGACGAUGAGGUCACCCACAUCAAGAUCCAGAACUCGGGGGACUACUACGACCUGUAUGGCGGGGAGAAGUUUGCCACGCUGGCGGAGCUGGUGCAGUACUACACCGAGCAGCAGGACCUGCUGCGCGAGAGGAACGGCCACGUCAUCCAGCUCAAGUACCCGCUCAACUGCAAGGACCCCACUACUGAGAGGUGGGCGGAGCCGGGGCGCAGGGACACGCCCACUGAGAGGUGGUACCACGGCCACCUGUCGGGGCGGGACGCGGAGAAGCUGCUCCUGGAGAAGGGCCGCGUGGGGAGCUUCCUGGUGAGGGAGAGCCAGAGCAAGCCGGGCGACUUCGUGCUCUCGGUGCUGACCAACGAGGAGAAGCAGGAGAACCUGGACCGCCGGACCAAGGUCACGCACGUCAUGAUCCGCUUCCAGGACGGGAAGUACGACGUCGGGGGCGGGGAGCGCUUUGACACGCUAGCCGACCUGGUGGACCACUACAAGAAGAACCCCAUGGUGGAGAAGAGCGGCAUUGUGGUUCACCUCAAACAGCCCUUCAACGCCACAAGGAUUAUCGCCUCCAACAUCGAGAACCGGGUACGAGAGCUCAACAAGGUGGCGGACAACUCGGAGAAACCAAAACAGGGCUUCUGGGAGGAGUUUGAGGUUCUGCAGCAGCAGGAGUGCAAGCUGCUGUACCCCAGGAAGGAGGGCCAGCGGGCAGAGAACAAGAGCAAGAACCGAUACAAGAACAUCCUCCCCUUUGACACCACCCGCGUGGAGCUCCGAGAAGUCGACCCAGAGGUUGCUGGUUCUGACUACAUCAACGCCAACUAUAUCCGCAGCUUCCGGGAGGAGGGCCGUUCCGGGGAGGAGGGCAAAGUGUUCAUCGCCACGCAGGGCUGCCUGCAAAUCACGGUGGUGGACUUCUGGAAGAUGGUCUACCAGGAGAACACGCACGUCAUCGUCAUGACGACCAAGGAGAUGGAGCGGGGGCGGAACAAGUGUGUACGCUACUGGCCCUCGGAGCCCAACAGCAGCAAGGAGUUCGGGAACAUCCUGGUCCGCAACGUGAAGGAGAGGCCGGCCCAGGACUACAUCCUCCGGCAGCUGGAGGUCACAAGGCUGGACCGGAGGGAGCAGGUGAGGUACAUCUGGCACUUCCAGUACCUGAGCUGGCCCGACCACGGCGUGCCCACCGAGCCGGGCGGCGUGCUCAGCUUCCUGGAGCAGGUCAACCACACCCAGACCACCAUUCCAGACACAGGGCCCAUCGUCGUCCACUGCAGCGCGGGCAUCGGGCGGACAGGCACCAUCAUCGUCAUCGACAUUCUCAUCGACGUCAUCAACCGCCAAGGCCUGGACUGUGACAUAGACAUCCCGAAGAGCAUCCAGCGCGUGCGGCAGCAGCGGUCGGGCAUGGUGCAGACGGAGGCCCAGUACAAGUUCAUCUACAUGGCCGUCCAGCAGUACAUCGACACUGCCCAGAAGAGGCUGGAGCAGGAACAGAAGAAGAAGACCCUGGAGAGCGAGUACUCCAACAUCCAGUACCCCCCGAUGACCAACUCCAGGUCCAAGAUCAGCAUGAACGCCUCGCGCUCCUCCUCUGUGUUGACGAACGACGACUCGUCCAGCAUCUACGAGAACAUCUCCAUCAAGAGCCCCAAAGCCGCCAGCAGCGGCCCCGCCAGAAGUUUCAGCUGAGCAGCGCUCCACCUGGUGGAGGGAGGAAGGAGGUGCUGGGUGGAGCGAGACGGAGGCUGUGGUGAGUGUGUGUGUGUGUGUGUGUGUGUGUGUGUGGGGAGGUUUGGACGUUCUGGUGGAUGCCCCCUCCACCACCACCACCACCACCACUACCACCACCCCUCCACCCACCGACCACGGGAGGCCAGCGAGGUACUACCCCAUCUUCCCCACUCCUUGGCUGGGGCUCCAUCUUGCUGCCCCCCCCCCCCCCCCCCACCUCCUCCUGACGCCCGGCCCUCUCCAGGUGAUGGAGGAGGAGGAGGAGGAGGAGGAGGAGGAGGAGGAGGAGGAAGAGGCCUCCUCCCCCUCCCCACAUCUUUAAUAAAUCACUUGCGUCUCUGCCCAGCUCCGCAGCUGCCAUGACCUUUCUGAAGUGCCUUGUCAACGGACAGAUCGGUGACCCUCGAUGCAUCCUCUAUCCCCAACACACACUCAGUCGGUGAAAGAGCCCCGCCCCCUUCCUCAGGCAGAUGUUCCUCGCGGCGCCCGGACAAAGAGAUGGAUUGUACUCCGGUCUCUAGAUGUCACUCUACAAGAUGUUUCUGCCCCCUCGUCUCGUUCUCGCCCCUUCUCUCUCCACUCCCUCUCUCCCUCUCUCCUUCCCCUCUCCCUCUCUCCACUCCCUCUCCUCUCUCUCCUCUCCCUCUCCUCUCUCUCCUUCCCCUCUCCCU